GUCAGUGCAGGUAAUUAUUUCCUCGGUAACCAAGCAACAAUGUCUUCAGUGGAGAAUUUGAGAGAGUUUGUCAACGAGCGACUAUCUGCUGCUGCUGAGGAAAUAUUCGGAGUUUUUAAAAGAACCGUCGUCGAGUAUCAGGAAGAGAUCGACCGGCAGCGCAGACUGUUGGAUGUUUUUUGGAAACCCGAAGUAAGGUUACACAGGAUAGAGCUCCCACAGUCACGUGUCUGUAAGGAGGAGGAGGAGGAGGAGAAGGAGGAGAAGGAGGAGGUUCUCUCUGACCAGCAGCUCUGUCUCCAGGAGAGGAAGCCCAGUGUGGACCAAGAGGACCCAGAUCCUCCACAGAUUAAAGAGGAACAGGAGGAACUCUGCAGCAGUCCAGAGGGAGAGCAGCUUGCACCAAAGCAGGAGGCCUUUACGUUGACUCCUACUUGUGAGGAAAGGGGACACGGUGAUGAUCAACUUUUGGACUUGUGUACUGAUGAAACUGAGAGUGUGAUACAGGAAACAUCUUAUAGCAACAUUUCAGUUGAAAGCACCACUGUAGUUGAACUAAACAACGACCACCAUUUUCUCCCUCACAACUCUCAUAAAUCAGCAUUUGAGACUCUUACAAGAGUCCAUAGUGAUGAGAAACCUUUUUCGUGCAAAACAUGUGGAAAAGGAUUCAAAUAUAGUAGCAACUUAAAAGCCCACAUGAGAGUUCACACUGGGGAAAGGCCAUAUUCCUGCAUCACCUGUGGGAAAACAUUCAUUGAGGCAUCACAUUUGAAGACACAUUUAAGAGUUCAUACUGGGGAAAGGCCAUAUUCCUGCAUCACCUGUGGGAAAACAUUCACUAACAAAUCACAUUUAAGGUCACAUAUAAGAAUUCAUACUGGGGAGAAGCCAUUUUCCUGCAUCACCUGUGGGAAAACAUUCUCUAAGACAUCAACUUUGAAGACUCAUACACGAAUCCAUACUGGGGAGAAGCCAUAUUCCUGCAGCAUCUGUGGGAAAACAUUCACUGAUACAUCAAAUUUAAAUCGUCAUAUAAGAAUCCAUGUUCAGGAGAAGCCGUUUUCUUGCAUCACCUGCGGGAAAACAUUCUCUCGGACCUCACAUUUGAAGGAUCAUACAAGAAUCCAUACUGGGGAGAAGCCAUAUUCCUGCAUCACCUGCAGGAAAACAUUCACUGACAAAUCACAUUUGAAACGUCAUAUAAGAAUACACAGUGGGGAAAGAAGUUCUCCUGACUCAAUUGUCCACAUGAGAAGAAAUCACAAAGGUGAAACAUCAUAGAUGCAACUCUGGUGAGAAAAUAGUCUGAGCAAUUUUUCCGAUUAAAAAGACUACGUCAGACAAGGUAAAGAAAGGAACGAAAUCCCCUUUACGAUGUCGGAUUCGUGAAGAUGGACUAUCAUGUUUUCUUUACCUUAAUGAAGAUUGAUGUUGCUAAUUUUAUCCAAAAAUGCUCGCUUCUGUAAGGAUGUGCAAAUAAGACAGUGCUCUUCAUUAAAAGCCAUUAACCUGGUGUCCUUGCACUUAUUGAAUUGUUCCGCCGAGAGCGGUGUAGCCUCCCGUGACGUCACAAUAUACAUAUAUAUAUUUGGCCAACAAGUUCAUUAA